CAUGACGUCAGCGUUAGCAACCCGGAAGAGAUUUGCAAAGGGUUUGAUCGAUAACUGGUGAACUCUGGAAACAACUCUAUAUAAGUUGAUGGACAUAUGGAUAUGUGGUGUUGUGAUAUAAAAAUGUUGCAUGUGUGGAGUAGUUAGAAUGUCUUUAUUUUUGUUUUUCGUUCAACGUCAUCAUUUGUCCCUCUGCAUGCACUUAGCUAGUUCCAGUGAAUGCUAACGUUAGUAGCAGCUUGUUUGCUAUCAUCAAGCUGUCAACCCGUCUUUGUUUUGUUUUCUCGACGAGAAGAAUCUUCAUUCUUUCAUAACACAUGAGUGUAUCACUGGUAGUUAUCCGUCUGGAGCUCGCAGACCACUCUCUCUCUCCACGGGAUUUCCAAUACACGGCCGCUGAGAAUAUGUCAGAAGAGGACUUGCAGGAAAAAGCUCUGGGCUUUGCCAGGCUCUCUUUAACAGGAAAGACAGAGCUGGAGAGAGCAGCAGUCCUACACCAGCACAUCGGAAGCAGAGCAAUGGGAGACAUGGUCAUUGAGACCUUGACACCCAACCCUGACGGAGAGGCUGAGCAGAUGGGGGCGGAGGGGGUGGAAGGUGGAGGAGCCCAGCCUUCAGAGGGUCAGCCAGGCAGGAGGAGCUCUACUGAAGACACUAACAAUGAGGGGCCUGCUAAGGAGUGCGGUACAGUGGGCGUCGCCGAAGGCACAGAGACGGCUCCGGACUCGCCCUCCAAGCAGCUUCCAGACCAGAUCUCCUUCUUCAGUGGUAACCCCUCAGUGGAGAUCGUCCAUGGAAUCAUGCACCUGUACAAGACCAACAAGAUGACAUCAUUGACGGAGGAUGUGCGUCGUAGCGCCAUGUUGUGCAUCCUGACCGUUCCCUCCACCAUGACCAGCCAUGACCUCAUGAAGUUUGUGGCCCCUUUUUAUGAUGUCAUGGAGCACAUGAAGAUCAUACGCGACUCAACCCCUAACCAGUACAUGGUGCUUAUCAAGUUCAGCAGCCAGGCUGAUGCUGAUAGUUUCUAUACAGCGUGUAACGGACGUACUUUCAACUCCAUAGAGGAUGCGGUCUGUCAGCUGGUCUAUGUGGAAAGAGCCGAGGUCAUCAAGUCUGAGCAGGGCGCCAGUCUCCCUGUGAUGGAGCUGACGGAGCUUCCUAAGUGUACCGUGUGUCUGGAGAGGAUGGAUGAGUCAGUCAACGGCGUUCUUACUACACUUUGUAACCACAGCUUCCACAGCCUAUGUCUGCAGCGCUGGGAGGACGCCUCAUGUCCUGUGUGCCGCUACUGUCAGACGCCAGAACCCGUUGAGGAGAACAAGUGCUUUGAAUGCGGAGUACAGGAGAACCUGUGGAUCUGUUUGAUCUGUGGUCAUAUCGGCUGUGGGCGCUAUGUCAGCCGGCAUGCCUACAAACACUUUGAAGAGACCCAACACACAUACGCCAUGCAGCUGACCAACCAUCGUGUCUGGGACUAUGCUGGAGAUAACUAUGUCCAUAGGCUGGUCGCCAGUAAGACUGAUGGAAAGAUGGUGCAGUAUGGAUGUGAAGGAGAAACCUGCCAUGAGGAGAAGAUAGAUGCUCUGCAACUAGAGUACUCUUACCUGCUAACAAGCCAACUGGAGUCCCAGCGCAUUUACUGGGAGAACAAGAUAGUUCACCUGGAGAAGGACACUGCUGAGGAGAUCAACAACAUGAAAGCCAAGUUUAAGGAGACCAUCGAGCGGUGUGAUAACCUGGAGCGUCGGCUAGGAGAGCUGGCCAAGGACAAACAGAGCACGGACAAGAAGUGUGGUCAGUUGUCCACCCGUGUGAUGAAACUAGGUCAGGAGCUGAAAGAGGAACAGGAAAUGAACCGCUGCCUGAGAGCCAAUCAGGUUCAGCUACAGGCCCAGCUGGCCGAAGAGGAGCGUAAGGCGAGAGAUAUGGGCGAGCGGAAGGAUGGUGUGAUUGCGGAGCUCCAGGAACAGCUGAGAGAUGUCAUGUUUUAUUUAGAGACCCAGCAGCAGAUCGAAGGUCUUCCUCCGGAGACCAGGACUGAGAUACAGGAAGGUCAAAUCAACAUCGGCGCAGCAGCCCCAGGGCCUUCCGCCACCACAGGCCGAGGGCGUAGGGGCCGCUCGAAAAGGGGCAAGUGAGGACAGAACGUAAAGUUGGAUGCCGGCGGAAAUGACCCACCAAAAUGACAUUAUUGAAGCGCGUGUGUGUUGGAGUGCGUGUGAAUAUUGAAUGUCUGCCUGUGUUAGUGCUUUGCAAAGUAACUUCUUGUCCUUUAGAUGCAGGGCCCCCUCUUUGUUGAGUAAUGAAGAGAUGUUAUCCAUUUCCUAUGAAAUGGAUAAUCUCCAGAGUCUUUCUUUUUGUUAACCUGCUUGUUUACUUCUUGAAAGGAGAGAUUCAUUGAAACAAGAAAUUGAGGGGCUGGGCAGCAUACUGGUUGGUCAAGUUAAACACAAAAAGGAAAAAAAGACCUCUCCUGUUUAAAUUUGCUGGUAUUUCCUAAUUCAAAUAAGUUACUUUUUGUAUGUACGGUGUAUGUACUGUGGUAAAUGGUGGUUAUGAAGCCAAUGUUUGAUCGUUGUGAGGUACCUUAGAGCUGGUUUCCCAGCAUUCAGUCAUCUCUGUUUUAUUAAACGUCUGAUCAGUUUACCACAAAUGUCAAAACGGUCAUUCUCAGUGAUCAUCUGGUUUCUGCAUUUCCUAUAUUAUCAUUUAACAUGUCGCAGACAUCUGAAGAUCACUUAAGUCAAGUUCUUAAAAGGUUUCAUUUCAAACUGACCAGAAUCAGAGCUGUACGGUUACCUAAUUGAACGUGGUUCUUUGGCUGAUGUUUUGGAUGAGAGGUCCACCAAUACAAAAAAAAAUGGAAUACCAGAGAUUGGCAUCAACGUUAUGUUUGGGAUUUUGCUGUUUAGCGAGUUGAGCCUGAUUAUAUUUUAUCAUUAAAAUGAGAACAACUGAACUGCUAAUUAUUUCAGAGAGCCUUAAACUAAAUUUUCAGGUUUGACCUCAUUAUGUAUAGUCGGCCAAGUUAAGUGUGUUCCAUACUGGAAUUCUUUGUAUUAAAAAAAAGUCCUCUUUGAAAACGA